AUGGAGCUGGGGCUAGAGACCAGGUCUCCAGAUCCCCAGUCCCACCCUCUGCACCGUCCACAGCCCAAGGGCAGCCUCUGGGAGACACCCUCAUGGGGCAGCUGCCAGGGAAGGGAAACAAAAUCAGCCCCAGUGUCUCAUUUGGGUGGGGGCAGUUUUAAGGGGGAGCAAAGGGGUGACUGGGCCCCUGAGGAACCUGGCCAAGAAGGACUGGGCUCAGAACAGAGGAGUGACCCCAGCUCUCUCUCUUUCUUCCCAGUCACUGCCCUCCCUGUGAACAGCCCGAUGAAUAAAAGGGACACCGAGGUGAUGAAGUGCAUCGUGGAGGUCAUCUCUGACACGCUCUCCAAGCCCAGCCCCAUGCCUGUGAGCCAGGAGUGCUUUGAGACACUCCGAGGAGAUGAGCGGAUCCUCUCAAUCCUGCGACACCAGAACUUGCUGAAAGAGCUCCAAGACCUUGCUCUCCAAGGUGCCAAGGAGAGGGCACGUCAGCAGAAGAAACACGGCAGUUUUGAGGAUGAACUCUCAGAAGUUCUUGGGCAGCAGAACGACCAGGCUGCGCUGAAGGAAGGGACAGAGGAGACGUCCUCCAAGGAUGCAGAGAAAAGGGGGCAUUCUAAUGAGGUGGAGGAGGAUGGCGAAGACACGGACAGACCCGGGCCCCAGGCCUCCACGGAACUUGGGCAGGGGUCCAAGGACGAGGAGGACAACCAGGCCCCCGGGGAGGAGGAGGUCGCCAACACCCACCCCCCAGCCAGCCUCCCCAGCCAGCAACACCCAGAUCCCCAGGCUGAGGGGGCCAGCGAGGGCCCCUCCCAGGAUCUGGUGGACAGAGAGAAGGGCCAGGGUGCGGAGCCAGGGCAGCAGGCACGGAGAGAAGAGGAGGAUGAUGAUGAUGAGGAGGAGGAGGCCGGAGAGAAGGUUAUCUCUGAAGAGGAAGGCCCCACCGAAGCAUUUGACCCCCACCCAAGCCUUGGCUACAAGGAGGUCCGGAGGGCCGAGAGUUGGUCCAAGGAUGGAGCCGGAGAGACUGGGGCUGCGGAAGCUCAGUCCCCUGAGGGGCAGGGGCACCGGGAGCGGUCCCGGCCGGAGGAGGAGAUGGCCGGGGCCCCUCGGGGCCUCUUCCCGGGGAAGAGCAGGGUGCCGGAGCCGGAGGACGAGCGGCUCUCCAAGGAGUGGGAGGACGCCAAGCGAUGGAGCAAAAUGGACCAGCUGGCCCAGGAGCUGACGGCGGAGAAGCGGCUGGAGGGGGAGGACGAGGACGACCCGGACCGCUCCAUGAAGCUCUCCUUCCGCGCCCGGGGCUUGGCCUGGUACAGUGACAUCACGGUCCCCAUGGUACACAGAGGCCUCCGAGGCUCCGAGACAAAGCCAUAUGUCCAAGACCACCCGGCUCGCCACACCACCCGUCUGCUGGCGGCACGCUCCAGCAUGCCGGCCUGGGCCAGUCCCUGCAUAACCCUCGGCGUUCUCCCCCAGGACCAGGAGCUGGAGAGCCUGUCAGCCAUCGAGGCGGAGCUGGAGAAGGUGGCCCAGCAGCUGCAGGCGCUGGCAGACCCCCACGACUUCAAACGAUGA